AUGUCUUCGCAGUUACCAGGACGGGUGUCGAGGCGUGCCAUCCACUCCGCCUUAAGGGCAUACCCGGCAACUCUAUCGCCAGUACCGGACGCCUCUACCUCCGCUAUAAGAUCACCGUCGCCGUCCCGUGCCCUGGCCACUUUCCAUCCUACAACCAGGAGCAUUUCGACCUUGCAGCCAACGAAUAUUUCACAGCAAUUGACAAAGGCUUGUCCUCCAUCCCUUUCCAUCAGACCCUGCCUUCAGGUCGCCGCCAUGUCUACCAUGCCCGCUACCCACGGUCAUAACGAGGCUUGCUGUAACAUCCCACCGGUUAUAACGUCGGGAUACGUUCCAAAGGGCUCAUACGAGCCGCUUGGUGGUUUGAAGACGUAUACCGAGCAGAAGCAGAAAGAUCUCGGUGCAUGGUUCGGUAAUAAUGCUCCCCAUGGUGUUGCCGACGCAUUGCCAGAAUACGUCGAGGCCCUGAAGGCCGCUAACCCUUCUAUCAAAUCAUGGGCACUCAUUGGUUACUGCUGGGGGGGCAAGGUCACAGAGCUUGUAACUUCGCGUGAUUCUAACCCGUUCUCGAUCGCUGCUGGCAUCCACCCAGCCAUGGUAGACACUGCCGAUGCUGGCAAGAUUCGCGUGCCAUAUAUGCUCCUGGCCUCCCAGGAAGAGCCAGCCGAGACCAUAAAGGAGUUUGAGAACAAGUUGAAGGUUCCCAACCACGUCGAGACUUUUGGUGAUCAAGUUCAUGGCUGGAUGGCGGCGCGGGCCGACUUGGCCAACCCCAGAUCCAAAGAAGAGUAUAUCCGCGGCUAUAAGACGGUCCUUCGCUUCUUUAACCAGUACUGGUGA